GGACAUUUGAACUACUCUAUUAAAUAUGGCGCAUGUAGUAAAAGAAUAGCAGGAUAUAUUUGAAAAUAAUCAAGAAAAUGUCUGAAUCUUCGGAAUUAUCUCGAGCAGCUUUAGAAAGAAUCGAAAAAAAUCGUCUGAAGGCGUUAACAAUAAAAAAGACUAAACUUGUCACUCACCCAUAUGCAAAAACAGAUGUAGUGAAUAAAAUUGACAAAACUACAAUUAAGAUUGGGUCUACUAAAUAUAAGGAUACUGGAGGUGGUUUUUUACUGCAAGAGGAACCCGAUGAUGUUUUAACUCCGGAACUGGUAGCCGCAUUUGAAGCGGCCCCAAUUAUCGAAGAAGACAGACCUAAUUGUAUUAAAUGCGAGCAGCCAUUUGCAACAUCAUGGCUCUUCGAAAGUUUUGAUUACAAGUGUUGCGAUCAAUGCAAGGACCCAGAAGAACACAAGUUAAUAACAAAAACGGAAGCGGUCAAGACGUAUUUGCUCAAGGAUUGCGAUUUCGAUAAAAGAGGUCCACCGCUAAAGUUCAUCACUAGAAAAAAUCCUCACAACGUUAGAUGGGGCGAGAUGAAGUUAUUUUUGCAAAUACAAGUGGAAAAGAGAGCGCUCGAGGUGUGGGGGAGCGAGGAGAGCAUCGAGGAGGAGCGCGAGAAAAGGGAGGAAAAGCAGGUGAUGUCCAAAACCAAGAAAUACCAUAAGCAGUUGAAGGAGUUGAGGAUGAACAUGAGGAGCAGUUUGUACGAUAGGACCACAAAGGCCAAACAUGUUCACGAGUUUGGGCCCGAAACCUACAACGAGGAGGAUGAUGAAUACACCCACACUUGCUUAACUUGCCCUUACUCGGAGACCUACGAAAAAAUGUGAAUUUGUUAGUUUGUAUAAGUUGUCUCUACAUUAGACUGGGCCAAAAAAAUCAACAAUUUUGUUAAACUCAAUGAUUUGGGAGUUCUGAGACAAAAACUCGCUCAGGAAAAAAAAAUCUAAAAUUGCGAUGAUAGACCUCUUAAUAUUAAAAUUAUGAAAUCAAACUUUCACCAUAUUUUUUUUUUGUCACCCCAAACAAUAUUUUCGAUAUACUUUCCAAAAAAA